CUAUGAGCCUGAAACAAGCGGUGAAAGUGCAACGCAGGAAACGGCCUUCAAGGGUAUUUUCUAAAAUUUCGCUGUGCAUCUUCACGAUCUCACUCUAGAGCUCAUCAUGAAGUUUUAUAAGCACCUGUACAUGGCCCUGCUCCUUGCUAUCUCAGGCUUAGCAACGUCUGGGGAUGUAGGAGGAGCUAGCUGCCAGCCGUGCCACUGUUAUUCUGUUGAAGGCGUUAUGGAGGCGGACUGUUCUCACAGAAACCUACAUGAGAUCCCAAUACACCUGCCACCUAAUAUCACCGAUCUUAAUCUUUCAGGAAACAACAUUGUUCGUUUAGAAAAUGGAUAUCUCAAUUACAACAAGCUGCUUAGGUUGGAUGUUUCGUCGAACAGAGUAAGAAGCAUUGAGCUUGAUGCUUUCCGGAAUCUGACAAACCUGGUAACUUUGGAUCUUCGUGGAAAUCAAUUACCCCCAACAAAUAAGAGUUACCAUGAUGGGGUGUUCAGCCAUCAGGGAAAGCUGAGGAAACUUUACAUUCAUAACAACGUUGAAUCACGUCCUUCCGCUGAUAGUUUAAUAAGAAGCUUUUCAAGUUCAUACCCUGAUGGCGCCUUCAAAGAUCUUUUUGCUUUGGAAGAACUGAUCAUUGAUGGUAUGAGAGAGAUAUAUUUUGGAACUGGAUUCAAAUUCUUGAAACAACUCAAAUAUCUGUCUCUUGGUGGAGGGGAUGGUGGAAUGUGUCAUACCCGCAACUUGAGGAAUAAGACCUUUGAGAAUGUGCAAAACCUAAAGACUCUAGAUGUGUCACACUGUCUGUUGAUUGACAUUGAACUCUCAUCUUUUGAAAUGCUUAAGAAUCUCCAAAUUCUUGAUCUAUCAUUUAACAGGUUCUUAGGUAUAUUCAAGGCUGGACAAGCUCUGUACGGACUGCAGAAUUCCUCACUCAAGGUUUUUGACGCGAGUAGGUUAAGUCGGACUCUAGGGCCAAGUAUAACUUUGCAAACAACUCAUAUGAAAUAUCUUAGAAACAUAGAAUUAGAAGAAUUAAAUAUUACAGGAAACAGAAUCGAACUGAUUGAUCGAAAUGCAAUGUUAUACCUUCCAAAAUCUCUUAAAAAGAUUUGUAUCAGAGAUAAUCACCUAGGGUUUGGGUUAUACAUGCUUGAAUUGUUUAUUUUGACGAACUUGAAAUGGUUUGAUGCCUCUUAUCAAGGUACAUCAUCUCUUUCCUUCUUUGAUAAUGAAAAAUUGUAUUCAAGACAUCGGCGUCAUUCAGUUCAAAACACACAAGCUUUGACAUUGAAUGUUGCUCUAACCAUACCCCCAAAUGCUACAUAUGCAGAUUUCAGUUAUUGCAAAAUGACUUAUGAUAUUGUAAAUUUUCAUUUCAGUGAGAACAGUCUUCGUGAGUUAAAUUUAUCACAUAAUUAUCUCAGCAAAUGGAUCGGGCCCAUUUGGGGGCUAAAACAUCUGGAGAUAGUUGAUUUGUCGCACAAUUUCUGUGAUUUCAUAGGUAAAGAAUUUGGUAAGCACUUUCCAUCCAUUAAAACGUUGAACCUUGGUUACAAUUAUCUAGGCUAUACACUCCAAAAUGAUAACAGUAAAUUUUUUCAUGAUUUCCCCUUGCUUGAAAGUCUGGAUCUGUCAAAUAAUAAAAUAACUUCUUUUCCCAAGACAAUCAUAAAAAAUCUAACGCUUAUCAAAAACGUAAAUCUAAGUAAUAAUUAUUUGAUGACGUGGAAUUCAGAAAUAGUCAACUUUGACAUGAAAAUGCUAGACCUAUCAAGAAACCUGUUUGAAGAGGUUCCAUCUCUUUUGCGACAUCAAGUCGGUUCCAUGACCAUGAACGAUUUCAAACUGUACUUUGAAGAAAACCCUUUGAGGUGCAGCUGCACAACGCUGGCGUCAUUGAUAUGGAUGACAGAACAUGCAUCUAAAAUACAAAAUUAUGCAGGAAUAUCAUGUGUUGAUGAGGGUGGCAGAAAAGUUAUCAUGGAAAACAUCCAUCAAGUUAUUCUUGAUCUGAAAAAGAAAUGUGCAUCAUAUCUGGGCAUGACUCUUGGGGCCCUAUGUCUUGUGAUGCUGGUUCUGUGUUUGGGCAUAGCAGGAAUCGUGUACAGGUUCAGAUGGAAACUGAGAUACCUUUACUAUCUGGCACGGAUGAAACACAGGGGUUAUGUUGCUUCUGGGGAGGAAGAAGAGGAUGGGUCACAGUUUGAGUUUGAUGCCUUCAUCUCCUACGCUGACGAGGACCGUGGGAUUGUUGUGGAGGACAUGAGGCAGAUAUUGGAGGGAAGGCAUGGACUUCGACUCUGUAUCCACCAUCGAGACUUUCUCGUUGGAGAAGCUAUUGCUGCCAACAUCCUGAACGCCAUCAAAUCCAGCAGGAAGACGGUGAUCGUCCUUUCAAGAAACUUCUUGAGGAGCUACUGGUGUAAGUACGAAGUGGAGAUGGCCAGGAUGGAGAGCAUCUACACUGGACGGAACACGCUGCUGGUUGUAGUCCUAGAGAACAUCCCUGUGAAGGACAUGCCUCCUGAUAUUGUGGAGUUAAUGCGUCAAGACUCCUACGUAGAGUACACGAAUGAUCGGGAAGGUCAGGAGGUGUUUUGGCAAAAUAUUGACCGUGCUGUGCGUAUUGCUUAGAUGCUUGUUUAUAUAUAGAAGCAUGUUCUGUGUGUAUCAUUUUCCUCAUUUAACUUGUUUUAAUUAUAAUAUUUUAAGAUUCCUUAUUUAGCAUAUUUUAUUUUAGCAUACUUUAAAUUUGAUUUUAAGAUUUUAAGAUAAGGAGUGUCAAAACAUUCUCCACAGGGCUGUAAAACAAGAGGGACGACUUCAACUUUCCCUUUAAGUCGACCAAUAUUCCUGCAGCUCCAGCCCUAGGUGUCUGCAUUUCAAAAACAUUGAGGUACAACCAAGCAUUUUCUUUCUACCAAGAUUUCAAAGAGCGUCAUAAUCUCUUGCUCAAAAGACGUUUGACCAAGGUAACAUCAUCAUUCAAGGUCAGAAAAGCUUUCAAAAAGUCGACACGUGGAUGACAUUUCCAAAUUUGACGCAUCAGUGACAAAAUUAUGUCCGAUGCAAUUACUAAUUUGUCCCCGUGUUAUUUCAGGUGAACAAUUUAUUUGCCUUUGCAUGUGUUUGUGACGGAUUGUGCAGGUGGGGAGACCUUUUCGCGGAUAUCUUAUGAACAUGCAAAGGGUUUUAACGCUUUUAUUUACAUUUUAUUUCAGUGAAACCAAGAUGUAUACAGUCUUUCUUAUAUGUUUGAUGUGGUUUAUUGUUAAAGUUGCUGUUUGUUGUGCUUGGGUUGACCUGACCCCUCCGUGUUUUCUUGUUCACAAUAAUCUGAUUUAUCUAAUGUAUACCCAUACCAUGCAUGUCUUACAAAAGGUCAAUGUUUUUCAUAUGUUACUAUUUUGUUUCCCCGUGACAUUACGCUGGGCACACAACAAGAGUGAGUGAGUGAGUAAGUGGUGUUUUAAGCCGCAUCAGCAAUAUUCCAGCUAUUCGCGGCUAGAAAAACACACAAGAGAAUGUGGCAGAGGUUAUCUUCGUUGCUAUCACGGAAUGCAGUUAAACUGUACCUUUUGAUUACUGUGAUUUGAUUGAGACAUAUUUUAUUCACAAAAAGUAAAUGGGAUUACGUGCAAGUGCUCCAACUUAGGACACCUCCUCCCAGAUAAUUACACAACUGAUUCACAGCUUGUUCGUAACAUGAACGGAACAGAAGGAAAGAAAAGAACAGGAAAGAUACGUGAACAGUGAGAAAAAUAUAGUUUACAUAAAUCUCUUUGUAUUAUGUAUGUAACUCUGUACACAAUUGGAAUUUUUUUAUGUUAUCCCCAUAUCAUUGAAUAUCAAAUUAUCAGUUGGUUUUAUCUUCGGUUAUACUGCUUAUGUUUCUGAGUAAAAUGUCUCUUUCUCCAUUAAACAAGUCGCAUUCAAAGAAAACAUUAUAUGCAUUUUCACAUUUCCUAACGCAUAAACAUAUUGCUAUGUCUAGUCCUUGUAUACAUAAAUCAUAGUUUAACUGACUAACGUUUGCCUUGGCUCAAUGUGUGGGACAAGGAUGUCUCGCAUAUGUAUCUACAUAAAUCAUAGUUUAACUGACUAACGUUAUGCCUUGGCUUAGUGUGAAGGACAAGUAUGUCUCGCAUAUGUAUCUACAUAAAUCAUAGUUUAACUGACUAACGUUAUGCCUUGGCCUAGUGUGAAGGACAAGUAUGUCUCGCAUAUGUAUCUACAUAAAUCAUAGUUUAACUGACUAACGUUAUGCCUUGGCCUAGUGUGAAGGACAAGUAUGUCUCGCAUAUGUAUCUACAUAAAUCAUAGUUUAACUGACUAACGUUAUGCCUUGGCCUAGUGUGAAGGACAAGUAUGUCUCGCAUAUGUAUCUACAUAAAUCAUAGUUUAACUGACUAACGUUAUGCCUUGGCCUAGUGUGAAGGACAAGUAUGUCUCGCAUAUGUAUCUACAUAAAUCAUAGUUUAACUGACUAACGUUAUGCCUUGGCUUAGUGUGAAGGACAAGUAUGUCUCGCAUAUGUAUCUACAUAAAUCAUAGUUUAACUGACUAACGUUAUGCCUUGGCCUAGUGUGAAGGACAAGUAUGUCUCGCAUAUGUAUCUACAUAAAUCAUAGUUUAACUGACUAACGUUAUGCCUUGGCUUAGUGUGAAGGACAAGGAUGUCUCGCAUAUGUAUCUACAUAAAUCAUAGUUUAACUGACUAACGUUAUGCCUUGGCCUAGUGUGAAGGACAAGUAUGUCUCGCAUAUGUAUCUACAUAAAUCAUAGUUUAACUGACUAACGUUAUGCCUUGGCCUAGUGUGAAGGACAAGUAUGUCUCGCAUAUGUAGUUUCAGACAUUUCAAAGUUGAAACUUCAUUUCGCUCUAAAAAAUAUCUUUGUUGUUUGGAACGUAAUGCAGUUUUAAUGUGAAGACAACCAUGUACGCCCAUGUGUAAACACCCAUUGCAGUUGCUGCAGCACAGGUCAGCCAGAUGUAUUAGGACAUCUCAUCUUACUUAAUGUGUCAAUCAAUAAAACAUGCUUACUUCUACUUUUAGAAGUGAAAUGGGGUUUAACACCGUGUUCAAUGUUAUUGCAUUUAUGUAGGGGCGUGCAUGCACAUGUGUUUGUGUGACUGCGUGUUCUAGUACGGACUAAAGCCGGUGUGUUGUGGCGGGUCCUUGGGAGUUUGAAGUUCGAUCUUCCUUCCUUAUUAUAUAAAUAUACUUCCUGAUGUACACAUGCAAUCCUAAAACGCAGUAAUGUUAAUAACAAUGCACAGCGCUUGCACACACACACACAUACUCACUCACUCACUCACUCACUCACUCACUCACUCACUCACUCACUCACUCACGCACGCACGC